AUGAGGGGCAAGUAUGUGAUGUUGUCUUCCUUCUUUUUUUUCCUUUCGAUGCAUGCGGUGCCGUGUGAAAAGCUGGGCAUCCAGAAGAAGAAAAAAAAUCUGGAGCAGGACGCAGCUCACAUAUUGAUGAAGAAGCUGGAGAGUUUGUACAAACUCAGCGCCACGGAUAACAGCGAAGUUUUUAACAAAGAAAUUGAGUCGUUGAAAAAACAGAUUGACCAAUUGCACCAACAUGGUGGGGUAAUCGAAGGGGAAAAUUUAGGCCACCUUCUAGAAAGCGAAGCAGCCAACGAGUCAACCAAGAAGACCAUUUUUGGUGUAGAUGAAGAUGAUUUGGAUAACUACGAUGCGGACUUUAUCGGGCAAGGGAAGAAAACUAUCAUAAAGGGGGCGACAGACGAUGAUGAAGGAGAGGAAGGUGAUGAGGGUGAAGUAGAAGAAACAAAUAGUGGGAAUACUUCCUCUCAACCAGAUUCAGAAGAUUCAUCCGAAAGUCCCCCUGAAUCUCGUAAUCCCGCAACAGCCGUCGCACCAGGUGUAAGCCCCCCUGAGGGACAGUCUCCAAAUGGACGCAUCCCGAAUGUGAAGUACCUGGACAAGCUCUACGACGAAAUACUCAAAACGACAGAUGUGAAGGACGGAAUUCACGUCCCCGCGUUCCACAGCAAAUAUAAUGAUUUUCGAACAAAGUACGAAUUUACGAUGAAUGAGCGAGAGUACCAGAUAGUGAAAAAUCUUUUUGACACCUUCUUCAAGAAGGAUGGUAAUUCCAAUGACGAUGCCCCCAUUAAGUUUUUCAAAAAUGUGUUGAAUGACGCAGAUUUCCAAAAACAGUUUGACAACUUUCAGCAUGGCCUCUACGGAUUUGCAAAACGACACAACUACUUGAGGGGCCAGAGAAUGAACCUGACCGACGCGCACAAAAAUUUGUUUUUAAAUGCGUUAAGUUUGCUGGACACACUUGAAGGGAAGUGA